GGCGCGAGGGGCGCGGGGCGCCCGCUCGGCAGCAUGAGUCAGCAGCGACCGGCGAGGAGACUGCCGAGCCUUCUCGUGGACCCGGCGGAGGAGACGGUGCGCCGCCGCUGCCGCGACCCCAUCAACGUGGAGAGCCUGCUGCCAUCGAAAAUAAGGAUUAAUUUAGAAGAUAAUGUACAAUAUGUGUCCAUGAGAAAAGCUCUAAAAGUGAAGAGACCUCGUUUUGAUGUAUCACUAGUUUACUUAACUAGAAAAUUUAUGGAUCUCGUCAGAUCUGCCCCUGGGGGCAUUCUCGACUUAAACAAGGUUGCAACAAAACUGGGAGUGCGAAAACGAAGGGUCUAUGACAUUACCAAUGUCUUAGACGGAAUUGACCUCGUUGAGAAAAAAUCUAAGAACCAUAUUCGAUGGAUAGGAUCUGAUCUUAACAAUUUGGGAGCAGUACCCCAACAAAAGAAGCUGCAAGAGGAACUUUCAGACUUAUCAGCAAUGGAAGAUGCUUUGGAUGAGUUAAUUAAGGAUUGUGCUCAACAGUUAUUUGAGUUAACAGAUGAUAAAGAAAAUGAAAGACUAGCGUAUGUAACGUAUCAAGAUAUUCAUAGCAUUCAAGCCUUCCACGAACAGAUUGUUAUUGCAGUUAAAGCUCCAGAAGAAACCAGAUUGGAUGUUCCAGCUCCCAAAGAAGACUCUAUCACUGUACACAUAAGGAGCACCAGAGGACCCAUUGAUGUGUAUUUAUGUGAAGUGGAGCAAAACCAUUCAAAUGGCAAAACAUCUGACAGGGUAGGGACCUCUUCAUCUAAAAGCAAACAUCCAGAACACCCUGAGAAAGGAGAAAAUCUUCAGCAAGGUGAAGACGUGCUUGAAGUGAACAACUGAUAGCAUUUGAGAAUUAAUGGGUUGAAAUUUUUUUACCUUUUCUUUUUGGAACAUCCUGUGUGGAUGAAUUAUGCAUCAAUUUGAAUCUCAGAGCAAUAAGUCAUCCAGGAAGUGCUCUCAUUCUCAGUCAGUAGCAGCAUUAAGGCCAGUAGUGUCUUCAAGUAGCUCCCUACUUAGAUAACUGGGUAAUUAUGGUUUCUGCAUUCAAAAACAACUUUUUUUAUAAUUGUUCACUGCAUUUCGUCAGUGAAAUAGACAUCUUGCCUCCUGAAAUAACUUCUUUACAAAGAGUAUCACGAAAACAGACGGUCAGGCCUGGCACAGACAGUUCUUCGUGGACUCUGCCUUCCUUAAAGGAUUAUGUCGUAUAUCACAAAAAUAAUUGCCUUACACUGGUUCACGUUUGCAGUUGAGUGUUGUACAUUGGCCAGGUGUACGCACGGAUCUAAAUGUGGUGUUUUUGUAUAUAUCUGUAUAAUGUUUAGAUUACUUAUGAAAUAUGUCUAAAUGACACUUUUUGCCCUUGUACAGCCAAAAUAAUGUAUAUAUGAAAAUUGACAGACAAAUGCUCUAAUUUCCUUGGAACCUAUAUAACUUAUUAGAAUCCUCUGGAUGAGGGUUAGAGGAGAGUUUUUCCAAACUUCUACAUGUAGAAGUCUCACAAAUGUGCUAUACAUUUAAGUUCAUAAUACUAAUUGAAGUAAUUUAAUGUGGAUCCCCGUGCUAAAAUUGGAGUCGGAUGCUUCUUGAUGUUGAGCUGCCUACAGAGUUAUUGUGUCCCAGCAGAUUGGUGGCAUGCCCCAAAUCCUUGGGGGUUAGUACAGAAAUGCCAUCAGGCCUAAUUCACUGAGACAUGAAUUCAAUCAUGGUGAAAUUGGAAACUGUUAAGCUUUUUGCAAGCAGAUUUUGUAAUAUGUGUCUGUGUGCAGCCUUUCUCCUCAGUCAGAGGGGUUUUACUUACCAUGAGUUGUACCCUCCCCUCUCUCCAGCUCUAGUCCCACCUUUCCAAGACCUAGCUAUUUCUACCUCAGUGGGUAAGUCAUUUACCACUCUGUGCCUCAGUUUACUCAGUAGUUUACCAUUAGACUGUGACUCCUUGAGGGACUUUGUCAUAAUCAUUAUUAUAUCCCAGCACCUUGCACCAUGCCUGGCCCAUGGGAAGUGCUCAGUGAAUGUCUGACAGAUCAGUGAGUGCAUGAUUGCAGAAUGAGGUGGAUGAAACCUGGCUUGUCUGUCACACAGGAUUCUGUGAGCAUCUGAAGCCUCUCUUGCUUUCAAGGAAAAAAAUUGAAGCAACUUGAAAUUAAGACCGUGUAUAAAAAGAUUUACAAUAGGGAUCCAAAAUCAAAAUAUUACAAAAUAGUGGAUUCACAUACUCUGAGCUCAGCAGCUUUGCCAAUCCUGACCUCUGCUGGACACCAGCUCCUCCCCCCACAGUCCAUGCUUUUUAAUUUCUAUAUGCUUGGGGACUGCUAGCCUUGAGGCAUCUUCUCCCUCUGACUUAGACAAAAAGUUGUCUUCUGAAAUCAGCCAAAGAAAAGCUACAGGGGGCACUGGUCACUGGACUAGUUGGUGAUAUGGUUUGACAAGAUAGGGAACACAGGAGGAACAGCAAGGGUGGGAUAAAAAUUUCAAAAAAGUUGUGGACAUGAAAGUGAGAAUUCAGGCAGGAGGUUGUAUAUGUGUAGGUCAGGUGCUCUUGGAAAGAUCUGAGCUCUGUGUAGUAGAUUGGGCAGAUAUUAGUUGACACGUGAUCUUGUAAAUCAUGAGAGUAGAAGAGGUCAUCUAAGGAGAAUGUAAAGAGGAGAGGCCCAGGAAUAGCUGUGUUUAAGGGGAAUACAGAAGAAAGAGCCUUUCCUGAGAAGAAAUAACAGGGAAAUAAAACUAAAGGAGAUAGUGUCCCAAAACCAAGGAAGCAUUGCCAAAGGUGAGCAGCAAUUCCUGACUUGUGAAAUGUGAUGAAUGUUCUGCCUUAUACAUUGUUCUGAGGGUAAAAUGAAAUCAUGUCAGCAAAAGUCUUAUGUAAAUUGUAAAUGUGUUACAUAAAUGAAGUAGCUCCGCCACUCCA